CAAAAAUAAUUCAAUAACCCCAAGAAAAUAUCAAAAGGGAGAAAGGGAUUGUUGGAAUUGCAUCUGUGUUUGUCAAUGUGUUUUCUAUUCACUGGGCUUGUCAUUUACUCAGUUGUUUUACUGCCUUUCUCAGUGUAACUUUAUUCUCAAGAACAGUAAAAAAGAAAAAUGGUAGAAAAGAAAAGAAAUAAAAGAAGGGCCAAAGUUUUUGUUCUACCCGUUAUUUGUGGUUGAAGAUGAAUAAAAGAGCAAAGAGAAAGAAAAAGAAUUGUUUUUUGAUGUGUCAGUUUCUCCUUAGCUUCCAAAACUUGGGGUCUCUUCAUUCAGACACCUCUUGUUUUUCCUUUUUUCUUCUAUCAGUAGACUAAAUAGCUACUAGUACAAUAAUUCUUUUAAGGCUCAAGAUUCAGUUUUUUGUUAGAGAUUUCAAACCUCUGGUUGCAUUCUUGCAGUAUUUUCUUACCUGGGAUCUGUCAGAAAAGGAUGAACGUGUGCUAAUAAUUUAAGGUAGAGAAACAGACGCUUGCUAAUUAACCCAUCUCAAUUCUCUCUCUCUCUCUCUCUCUCUCUCUCUCUGUGAAGCAUUCACGGAUGCACAGAAAUACAUUCUUUUAGUCCACUGCUUGUAAGCAAUGUUCUGAAGAAGCUGAAAGCUGGAAUCUUUAGGCUAUCCACCAAUGCCAUUCGCCUCCAUAUCUAUGCAGGAAAUGCUAUUAGGUCUUGGCUGAUGUUCAGUUGCCCAGCAGAAGCACCAUGACGCUAAGAUCAAAGAAAGGGUGGAAAUCAAUAGUGCCCCUUCGGUUGACCGGGAAAUCGGCUCGUCGGUUCUGUCUAUUUUCAAAAGUGAAGUCGGAUGAUGAUGGUGCCAAAAGAACUCCAGUUUAUCUCAAUGUUUAUGACUUGACACCCAUGAAUGGUUAUUUUUAUUGGGCGGGGUUAGGUAUAUUUCACUCUGGCGUCGAAGUUCAUGGUGUAGAAUAUGCAUUUGGAGCGCAUGACUUUCCAUCUAGUGGUGUUUUCGAAGUUGAACCUCGACAGUGCCCUGGAUUUCAGUUCAGGAAGUCGAUAUUCAUCGGGACAACAUCUUUGGACGCUACUCAGGUUAGGGAGUUCAUGGAACGUCAAGCUGCAAGCUACAAUGGUGAUACGUAUCACUUGAUUGUGAAGAACUGCAACCAUUUCUGCAAGGACAUAUGUUACAAGUUGACAGGGAAAAGAAUUCCUAAGUGGGUCAAUCGACUUGCCAAAUUAGGUUCAAUCUUCAACUGUGUCCUGCCUGAAGCCCUUAAGAUUACGGCUGUGCAACACGACCCCAAAUACCAAGCAUACGAUGAUAGCAAUUGCGAGAAGAGACGUCUAAGAAGUACUUUUAGUUGUCUGUCCUCUAUCUCGUCAAGGCAAAAGCAGCUCUCGACUUCUUCCUUGUUGCUACAGUCACCCUUGAAAGGAUGCUUGCCCCCGUGGGAACUAAAAAGGUCUGCUAAUGGCUCACUCAAGGAGAGGUAGGAGGAGAGAUGAUUAAUUGUAUGGUCAGUUUCCUGGGAUCGUGAAUGUGUUUUCUAUGUUAUGUUAAAGCAAAAUCAUGCCUGUCGGAGGGAAUAGUCGCGGUGCUCUGUUUUUCUGUCCCUCUUGACGAUUCUUUUUUCAUCUCUGUAGCUGUGUAUUUCAUAUGAUUAGUAGGAGAUGAUGUAAAUCAACCAACUCCCAGUAGAAAGUAUUGCCAUGCUUGUGCUGUUCA